CCUCUCUCAUCCUCUGUCUAAACCUUUCGUAUAUCAAGUCUCAAGAAGGUCCACAGAAGAUGUCCAUCAUCUUGCCAAUACGCUUCGAAAGACUAACAAAUUUCUCAAGAAGUGACCAAGCUACAGCCCGUCCUUUAACUCUCGUUACAAUUACACACUUACCACUCAGUAAUUCACCAUGUUCUUCAGCUGCCGUGCCAAACCUCCCGCGCCUCCACCGCCCCGGCCUCGUUGCGUCUACUCCGGCUGUGUCCACAAGGUCUUAAAAUGCGAGGCACCCGCCAAAUCUAAGCGCAUUCUCUCUAUCUUCUGCAAAGAUCAUGCCUGCCGGUCACGUACUGGCGAGGAGAUGUGCACAAACCCCAAACAGUGUGGUCUAUCCAAAUAUUGCGAAGACCACGGUCGUUGUCACCGCCAGGGCUGCUCCAACCAGCGCAUCUUCGCCGACGCAAACCAAGACUGGCCAUAUUGCCAAAGCCAUACUUGCUCAACCUACGGAUGUCACAACAAGCGCGCCACCAACUCCCAAAUGUGCAGCUUCCAUACGCCCAUCUGCCUUAUCCCCGCCUGCGGUCAUCCGCGCGUCGGCGACGGCCUCUAUUGUCCGAGUCACAGCUGCUCCGACGAGGACUGCAAUAACGUCAUUGAUGGCGGCAACUGGUGCAGAGACCACCGUCUCUGCAAGACUGCGGGAUGCACCUCGCCGAGGGUAGUCUCGCCUAGUGGAACACAUGAGGAUGUCUGCUGGUUUCAUCUACCGACAGCUUGUAAGGCGACAGGCUGCGAAGCUGCAGUCAACGGCGGCGUACAUUUCUGCUUACAGCACGAAUGUACAUACCCCUCAUGUCGCGAGCCCAAAGACAAUGCAACCGAUGCAUCACGCCUCUACUGUGCCAGUCACACCUGCCACACCCGAACCUGUCCCCAGCCAGCAGCAGACCUCGCGAACCCCUCGAAACCACCACACCAAUCAAGCUUUUGCGUAGCGCACAAGUGCACAAGCCCAGAUUGCAUCCAUCCCUCAAAGCCCGCCAGCCGCCGCUGCGCUCUCCACGCCUGCCUACACCCCUCAUGCCCGGCACCGCGCGCCGACGACCCGCUCCUCGUGUCCGCGAGCCAGUUCUGCACAGGACACGAGUGCCGAACCCCAGGCUGCCACGGCGCCGCGCGGUCGAACGGGAGCUUCUGCGACGCGGUCCACGCCUGCGUCGUCUCCGGAUGCCCCUCUCCUCGCGGUGUCGGAACCGGUGGGGAGCCCGGAGUAGGCGGCCCGGGUUCGGUAUGCUGCGCUUCGCAUACAGCCAUGAUCGCCCGCGACACUGCAGGGUGGAGCACGACCACCGAGAGCAAAACCAUGCCUACGCCGCCUUCCUCGCCGUUGCCGCAGAGGCAGAGGUUUCCGUAUCUCAGUCAGACUGAAGAGGCGCUGGGACUGAGAUUCAGAGAGGAGAGGGAGAGGCAUGAUCAGGAGGCUAGGCUUGCAGAGGAGACGAGGGCUUGGCAUGCUGUUACUACGGCUGCUGUUGCUCGCAGUGUGAAUGGAGAGGUUGAGGUUGUCGGGGGCGUCCCGUUGCCGGGCGGAUUUGAGACGAGAGGGAAGAGGCACGGGGCUAGGAGAAGGGGAAGUUAUGAUAGUGGUGUUGCACCGAGUCCCACUGUGAGUGAUGAGACUUCCCCGAGCAACUUUACGUUUGUGAGUUGAAGGAUGGAUUAAGAGGGUGUCGUGGGUGGAGGGUAGAUGAUAGAAGCGUGGGGCAUCGAAGAGAGAGUGAUGGAAGACAAUCAUAGAGGCUCGACAUAGACGGUGCUGGACGGUCAU